CUAAUUAAGGUGGAUGAUAAAUCAUAGUGCCUAUGUAAAACUGUCUAUUUGUAGAUUAUUUUCCGAAUUAAAGAUAAGUAUUUGCCCAGUUAUUAUCCGCUGUUUGUCCGAGGCGACGGUCUCAAUUUCCUUUGUUACCUAAAUAGCUGCGGCGGCAACGCGAGUAUGUCUAUAUUUUCUUAAAUCGAAACUACAAUGACACUGUGAGCAAAAGUAUUAUCACCUAAUGUUGUUAAAUAUGUGAACCGAUGUUAGUCUGCCAAAGGUCUUCCUCGAGAAAUGCACUCUCCUUAAACAGGUGUUUACUAACUUUAGGAUGGCAACGAAGAAUUGGGCAACUGGAACGCAAUGUGUUGCCAAGAAUGACCAUAGCAAGCCCACAAAUAACGAACUGGCCUACCGAAAAGGAGACAUUCUCACUAUUGUGGAGACAGGACAGGGAAAAGGACUUUACAAAGCACGUCAUAAUACCACCGGGGAGGAAGGACUCAUCGCUGCUACCAACUUGCGUGAACGCAAGGCCAUUCGCAUCGACCCUAGCCUCAGUCUCAUGCCCUGGUUCCACGGUAAGAUCUCCGGUCCUGAGGCAGUGUCCAAGCUGAGACCAGUGGAGGACGGCCUGUUCCUGGUGCGCGAGUCAAUCCGGCACCCCGGUGACUAUGUGCUCUGUGUCAGCUACUCCAGCCAGAUCAUCCACUACAGAGUCAUUUACCAAAACAACAAACUGACCAUUGAUGACAGCCAAUACUUCUACAACCUCAUAGACAUGAUUGAGUUCUACUCCAAAAAUAAGGGUGCUAUUGCCACCAGACUUCUAAAACCCAAAGAAAAACAGGGCACCAAGUCAGCUGCAUUUGAGCUGUCUAGAAUGGGUUGGCUGCUGGACAUGAGUAAGCUGACAUUGGGAGAGAGUAUUGGAGAGGGGGAGUUUGGAGCGGUGUAUGCAGGAGACUACAUGGGCCAGAAGGUGGCAGUAAAGAGUAUUAAAUGUGAUGUAACGGCACAGGCGUUCUUAGAAGAGACUUCUGUCAUGACGAAAUUGCAGCAUAAGAAUCUGGUGCGGUUGUUGGGGGUAAUCUUACAUGAUGGACUGCACAUCGUUACAGAGCUCAUGGCCAAGGGUAACCUGGUGAACUUCCUCCGAACGAGGGGCCGUUUUGUCAUCACCACUGACCAGCUACUACACUUUGCACUAGAUGUGUGUGAGGGUAUGGAGUAUCUGGAGUCCAAGAGGCUGGUCCACAGAGAUCUAGCGGCUCGAAACAUCCUGGUCUCCAACGAGGGCGUGGCUAAGAUCAGUGACUUUGGGUUGACCAAGGUGGACCGCAAGGCCUCAGACAACGCUAAACUACCAGUAAAAUGGACAGCCCCUGAGGCCUUGAAGAAAGAGAAAUUCUCCACACGGUCAGACAUAUGGAGCUACGGUGUUCUUCUCUGGGAAACAUUCUCCUAUGGUCGACAACCUUACCCAAAAAUGUCUCUGAAGGAGGUGAAGGAGCAAGUGGAGCAGGGCUACCGUAUGGAGGCUCCAGACGGAUGCCCCCCCAGUGUAUACGCCCUGAUGAGGUGCUGCUGGGAGGCUGAGCCCAAGAAGCGUCCCUCCUUCCAUAAACUGCAGGAGAAGCUAGCAGCAGAGCUGGCCAAACACAGUCCUGACCCUGGCUGCUGACGUCACUUCCCUAAUCCAAAUAGCUACUGUUUUUUUUUUUUAGCUGCCUGGAUCAUGGCAGUGACCUGGGCCAGGUGUACUUGAGUGGGCUUGAACCCAGAGAAGUCUGGUCAGGGCUGGAUAUUAUGGUUGAGGCUCGUAAUAAUACAGUGUACAUUUUUCCCCCAGUUCCAUGAUGAGCAUUAACACUACAGUAUAGACACCAACACACACGCAGUAAAAUGGAGACACAGGCUUCACUGUCUUUGCAACACAAGUCAACAGCACUUAAAAACUAAGCUCUAUAUUUAAGUACCAAUCUUUAAAUAGUUACAAUAUAAAAUCAUGCAUUUUGAUGUUGAAUUUUUUAUGUGAAAAUUGAGUAAUACAAUAUUGUAAUAUAUGUAAACUGAAUUUAAGUCAUGAAGGAGAAUAUAAUAAGGGAUGAAUUUCAACAGCAUUACAUUGGUUUAUUUUUAUUGGAAGUUAAUACUGUAAAUAGUUCUUACACCUGCUGCUGUGGUAAUUCAGCUUCUGAUCAACAUUAUCGGUGUGGAUAAUGUGGCCAUUAUUUUUCUUUCAUAAAAAAGCGGGACAGAGGGAGAAAAGAAGAGAGGGAGAGCGAGAACGAGAUGGAAAGAGGGAUGAAGCUUAUCCAGGAUUAAAACUCAGAUCACCCGUAUCUGCUUGUUUUGGACUGUAAUUGUCCAGCAAUAUGCCCUGCGACUCAGAGUUUAAUAUGUGAAAUCUUGAAUGUUAUUGCUGAUAUUAGUGGGGAAUUACAAAGCCGACAGCAGUUUGUAUGUGUAGAGAUUCAGAGGAGCUGCGGGAGAUUGGAAUUGUUUUUAGUUCAUUUGCCUUUGAUUUACUAUAGCUAGUAGGCCUAUACACACAUUGAGACCAGUCCCCAGUCAUACUGACUGAACAGACCAUUCAUUUAUCUGUGGUAACAUUAUUUAUGUAUCAAAUACAGUUCUUAAAUGCUGGACUGGAAACAGAAUAUAAGUAUGUGCUUUUUCUAUCAUUGUAAUGUCUACAUUGCUGGAGUUACUAAGUCAAAUGCCUUAUACAUGGACAGAUAAUAAGGGCAUGUACAUUUACUCUAGAAGGUGUGACCAAUUAAAAAGGUGUGGCAUAUUGAAAGGACUUUCCCUGAUGGAUCAACCCUAUUACUUUAUUUGUAAUUACUCAGAUUGAACAGUUAAUCUCUGGCAUUGGGCAAUGGACAUUUAAAAAUGUUUGCUACAUUCUGCAUCCGGGAGUUUACAGGGGGAACAAAACAUUAUAGACUUGAAACAACCCAGAUUAGAGGGGAAAGCUUACUUUUUGGGGAUUGUUGACAUGUUAUGACACAAAUUAUUAGUUUUAAGUCUUUGUAAGCUUGGUAUUUGUCUUUCACCCAUGGGAGACCCCAGAUUGAGUGCUGAUCCCAUUCCCUCUCGUCACAUCACCAUAGGGAUUCUGUGUGGAUUUGCUUUGUUUCCCUUAAGCUUCUAAUGGGAUGAUAUAAAAUAUUCUGAGAAAUAAUGAAAAAAUAAAUUGGAACAUUUUGAACAUAUUA